AUGUCUUGUCGUCCCAUCGCCAAUGUUGACAUGCCAGACCCUUGGGUCUAUGCAUGGAAUGGAUUGUAUUAUCUCACUUUCACACUAGGGGAUCGAAUUGAAAUCUGGGCUUCGAACAACAUUGAAGACUUUAACAAUCCGCAAAAAAGCUUAGUGUGGCGCCCCCAAGGCUCCGGUUGGGCCCCAGGUAUCUGGGCGCCUGAGCUGCACAAUAUUAACGGUAUUUGGUACAUUUACUUCAGUGGUGAAAAACCUGGAGAAGGUCCAGCGUCACACCGCACGUUGAUACUUCGCUCUCAGUCGCAAGAUCCUAUGGAUCCACAAGGCUGGCAGUUUAUUGGUCCGUUGCAAGGUGUACCCGACCAUUGGGCUAUUGAUGCCACCGUAUUUUCUCUUGGUCAAAACCUUUAUUGCUGUUAUUCCGGUUGGCCCUUGGCAGAUAACUCUGAUACCGAACAGGACCUGUUUCUUGUCCAGCUCGUUACCCCUGAACAAGCUAUCCCAGAAACCCUUGUGACUAUUUCUAAGCCAACAGAAAAGUGGGAGCGUCCGGAUGGAGGUAAGCGUGGCAUCAAUGAGGGGCCAUCUUUCGUCGACUUUCAGGGUAUCCGGGGAAUCGUGUACAGUGCUCACGGUAGCUGGACAUGUGACUACAAACUUGGUCUUCUUAACCUUACUGGCAGUAAUCCAUUGGAUCCUAAAUCAUGGACUAAACGUAACUCACCUUUGCUCUCAAGUGACCGUAGCAAAGGUGGUCCAUAUGGCCCAGGUCAUGCAUCGUUUGUGCCAACGAACGAUGGCCGCAUUUUGUGCAUGUUCCACUGCACGUUUAACGUGGACGAUGGCUGGGAAAACCGCAAGGCUCGCGUCAUGUGCCUGAAUGCACAGGAUUUCAGUCCUUCAGCUGACUGCUGCUGUUGUGCAACCGGUGAAACACCAGGCGAUCGUCCAGGUGGACUCCUCGGUAAGAUCAUCAAUGCCGUGAAGAAGUAA